AUGGCAGCUCCUCGAAGACUACUCGCUGCAGUUUCUCCUGCGACUCUCGGAUUCGCAGCAGCUGCGGGAGCUGGCCUGGUUGCUUUUAAGAUGUCCAAACCUUCUACAAGCCCAGCAGAACCACAGAAGAGUCUCGGACAGAAACCUGUCUUUCCGGCUAUGGGCUUUGUGAGUUUGACACUUGAAGAAGCUCGUAUGGUCAAUCACGACACCAGAGAAUUGAAAUUCAAGCUGUCUGGAGAUGGAGCCAUCAGUGGUUCGAGCCCUGUCUCUGACGGCGCUUGGUUACCGACUUUUCGGCCCUACACGCCCAUCAGCACUCCAGAUAGCCCUUACAUCACCCUCCUCGUAAAGCAAUACCCAAACGGUCGUGCCUCGACACAUCUUCACAACCUAGCUCCCGGCCAGACGCUCAACGUCAAGUCCAUCCCAGAGUUCCCCUACAAACCCAACCAACACAAGCAUCUCGUCCUUGUCGCUGGCGGCGCAGGCAUCACGCCCAUGUUCCAAGCUCUGCGCAGCGUCCUGGACAAUCCNGAGGACAAGACCCGUGUGAGCUUGGUCUACGCCAACAAGACCGAAGCAGACAUCCUGAUGAGGAAAGAGCUGGAUGCCUUGGCUAGUCAACACCCUCAACGAUUUACAACAACCUAUGUGGUCAACGACACUAGAACAACAGACAACAGCUUGGAGAGAGGCUAUGUGACAAAGGAUAUCUUGAGCAAGGCGCUCCCUGCACAGCUUGAGGGGGAUCAUGUCAAAGUCUUGGUAUGUGGUCCUCCAGCUAUGUUGGAUGCGAUCUCCGGCGCCAAAGGUGCAAGGGGCUGGACUCAGGGAAAGCUGGGAGGUAUGCUCAAAGAUUUGGGCUUGACCGAGAAGCAGGUGCACAAAUUCUGA